AUGCCAGCUGACAUCGCAGCCACGGAGAAAGACUGGCCAAAAAUUCGGGACCGAGUGGAGAAGAAAAGGUUGCAGAACAGGCUUGCUCAAAGAAACUACAGGCAAAAUGUCAAGCGUCGGAUCGAAGAAGCAGAGAGAGAAAAGCGGAUAAGAAUCGGAUUGGAGCAACAAAACGCCGCUCAAGCAGAAGUAAUACGUGCUCAAGCUGGUCUUGUGGCUUAUUCGCACCAGCAUGUCGCUUUGGUUUCGUCCGACAAGAGAGUAGAUGAAGUUAUCCAACACCCUGCAGCGCAACCAACAAGCUCACGGCUUACUCAACUUCAGCAGCCUAAGCACCAGACCUUGCACAUGCUGCAAGACUAUAUCACUGAUGGCAGUAUCCAGGGACUUGACUCUAAUAAAGAUUCAACACCUUUCACGGCACAACCAUCUUUGGGCAAGCUGUCGUCAAAUUUCUCAAAUCUCUCCAACAAAAAUAUAUCUAGCGCUGACGCCCACUUAUCAGUGGAGGGUCAACUAGAUCUGAUCUCACACAUCUCUGAAGUUGUUUUUGAUGCACAUGGACACGCGGAAGGAUCACGCCAGAAUGGCCAAGGUGGAAACCCAUGUGGACCCGAGACUACUCGAAGUCAGCCUGACCAAAUCUUCUCGUGGCAUGAAUCGGAUACUGCAAGUUUCAGUUCGACCGCCCAGCCUGGGUCGAGUUCGACUUCAUCUGUGGAUGAGCGUCUGGAGUGCAUGAUCCGGUUAGCGCGAGAAGUCGGCUUCGAUAGCCUCGAACAGGUCGUGUCUGUCCUGCACACCACACAGUUCGAGGACGGCUCGGUAUGUUCAAACGCGCAGCGCCUGGGGCGACUGCGCCGCCUGCCAACUUUACUGGAUGCGCUACUCGGCGCGUCCGAGUCGUGGUCCAAGCAUGAACUGCUUGGAUUGCAGAGCUCUGUUUUGCGCGCGACAGAAAGCUUGCUAGUCAAAGAACGUCGCUCCAUCAACCCGGACAACGCACUGUUCCGCCGCUUCAGUGAACUCGCGGCAAGUCCCUCCACGGAGCUCUACGCAGAGGCCUCGCUUGAGCUGCAGGACCAGCUGCCGGGCUUAACUGCCAUUAUUACAACGGUACUGCUAUAUGUUGCAGGGCAGUCCAGCUCUGUAUAUCAGUCGCGGCUUGUUAUGGCAGUCCAGACUAUAAUUGUCUGGGCAGAGAAAGGCGAGAUGAAACCAUCUUAA